CAUAAAGAGAAACGGUCCAGAGUAUGGUGCGGGAUCCUAAACGCACUUUAAGUGGUUCUGUUUUAAAAUAUAAACACUCGAAACGUUCCUUAAGUUUCACCUUAAUGAAGUUUUAUCCAUCCGAGCUAAGAAGGCGAGGAUAUGAUGAUAGAAAAGCUGGGGAAAAACGGAGAAAAUGUGUUAAACGAUGGGAUAAAACAUGAUGCUAAUAAUCAAGAUUGAUAUCGACGGCUGCUACACUUCACGGAGAAAAGUUUUUUUCCUUCAAGACCAACAGACGGCACUUCUGUAUGAACAUCUCUCUGAAACAGCAUGGAAACAUGAAGAUUUGCCUGAACUGAGCUGAAUGAGGGCUCCAUUAGCGGCUAAUGCAUGGGAGAAACUUCUGGAUGUAAAUGAGACUUUGAGCUACAGAUCGUUUUUAAACAAGAAACGGCUGAAUUACAAAACCCACCUUGAAGAGCAGCAUGUGAAGGAAAGAAAAGGAGAAAAAGGUCGUGGGCGGCGCAGUUGAACCCAAACCCAGCCACUCUUCUGCACAAUCGCGGCGUGGUCACGUGGUCGCUCACGCGCCGCCGCCGCCCUGCGUCGGAGGAAAUGGUGUUCCCAUGGCACAUCCCAUACUGUAGAAGUUGUCCUUGUAUUCAUGGCGGUGUUCCUGGACAGUUAUGGUGGAGCCCACUCCUUUGGCUGGCGCUGACCGACUGCCGCCCAACGUGAGUCCUGCCUCUUCCUGCCUCAGCAGAUCGCAGCAUGAGAGGCGAGCUGAUGCUCUGACCAGGAAGCGGCGGACGUGAACCAGCGGGGCGGUUUGAGGCUUGCUGCUGCUGUGGUUAUGGAUCGGCGGAGGCUCUGCGCUCUUAUGAUGCUGUGGGCCGUGGUCCAGCUCAGCUGUCCGGGCUACAGCCUCAGGGCGCUGCGAAGGACUACAGGGGGGCGGAGAGGGCUGACGGGUCAGGACGCCAACGGAGUCCCACUCCGGCGCUCCAAACGGGGCUGGAUGUGGAACCAGUUCUUCCUGCUGGAGGAGUAUACUGGGACGGACAUGCAGUACGUGGGAAAGCUCCACUCGGACGGCGACAGAGGAGACGGCAGCGUGCGUUACGUCCUCACCGGCGAGGGCGCCGGGACGCUGUUCAAGAUCGACGAGAAGUCCGGCGACAUCCACGCCACCAAGAGGCUGGACCGCGAGGAGAAGGCCUACUACAUCCUGCACGCCAAGGCCGUCAACCGGCUGACCAACGAGGCGCUGGAGGGCGAGUCCGAGUUCAUCAUCAAGAUCCACGACAUCAACGACAACGAGCCGCGCUUCACCAAGGACCCGUACAUCGCCCGGGUGGCCGAGAUGUCCGACGUCGGCACCUCGGUGAUCCAGGUGACGGCCACGGACGCAGACGACGCCACCUAUGGGAACAGCGCCAAGGUGGUGUACAGCAUCUUGGAGGGCCAGCCAUACUUCUCUGUGGAUCCGGAAACAGGUCUGAUCAAGACGGCGCUGCCCGGCAUGGACCGGGAGGUGAAGCAGGACUACCAGGUAGUGAUCCAGGCCAAAGACAUGGCGGGCCAGAUGGGCGGGCUCUCAGGAACCACCACGGUCAGCAUCACCCUGUCGGACGUGAACGACAACCCGCCGCGCUUCUCCAAGACUCUGUACGAGUUCAGGGUGCCUGAGUCCAACGAGUUGGGCUCCACGGUGGGAGUCAUCCACGCCAUCGACGCCGACAUCGGCCAGAACGCCGAGAUGGACUACAGGAUCAUCGGGAGCGACGGGCCGGGCGUGUUCGACGUCUUCGCCAACAGGAGCACUCAGGAAGGCGUCAUCGUGCUCAGAAAGCCUCUGGAUUACGAGAAGAAGCGUCAGUACAGCCUCCGCAUCCAGGUGGAAAACGUCCACAUCAACCCGCGCUUCUACUCCAUGGGGCCCUUCCGGGACGAGGCCAGCGUCAAGGUCGUGGUGGAGGACGUGGACGAGCCGCCCGUCUUCGAGCGCCCCAGCUACAUCAUGGAGGUGAGGGAGGACGCGGCGAGGAACACCAUCAUCGGGUCGGUCAGCGCGUCGGAUCCGGACGACAAACACAGCCUGGUCAGGUACACCAUCGACCGGCGGACAGACAUGGACCGAGUGUUCAACAUCCACGCAGGAAACGGCUCUGUGUUCAUCCUCCGGGAGCUGGACAGAGAGGAGAACGCCUGGCACAACAUCUCCAUCAUCGCCACAGAGUUCAACAACCCGCGACAGAUAAGCCGUGUGCCUGUAUACAUCAGAGUGCUGGACGUCAACGACAACGCUCCAACAUUUGCCACCAAUUACGAGACGUUUGUGUGUGAGAACGCCAAGGCUAAUCAGAGGAUACAAAUCGUGAGCGCGACGGAUCCAGACGAGCCGCUCGGAGGACAUCGCUUCAUCUUCAGUUUGGCUCCGGAGGCCGUCGGGAAGGCCAACUUCUCUGUUCGUGACAACAAAGACAACACGGCCUGGAUCCUGACCAGGAGGAACAGCUACAACAGCCUCCAGAAGAGCGUGUACCACGUCCCGGUGGUGAUCACGGACGGGGAGUUCCCGGUGCAGAGCAGCACCAACACGCUCACCAUCAGGGUGUGCACCUGCGACCGCGAGGGCAACAUGAAGCUGUGCAACCCGGAGGCGCUGACGGCGAGGGCGGGGCUCAGCACCGGCGCCCUGGUGGCCAUCUUGCUCUGCGUCGUCAUCCUGCUCAUGAUCGUGGUUCUGUUCGCCGCCCUGAGGCGCCAGAGGAAGAAGGAGCCUCUGAUCAUCUCCAAGGAGGACGUCAGGGACAACGUCGUCAGCUACAACGACGAGGGCGGAGGGGAGGAGGACACGCAGGCCUUUGAUAUCGGCACGCUGCGCAACCCGGAGGCCAUCGAGGAGAGCAAGCAGCGGCGGGACAUCAUCCCCGAGACCUUCUACCCGCCGGUCCGACGGCCCGUGGCGCCGCCGCCGCCCAGCCGGGACAAUAACGGCGACGUGAGGGACUUCAUCAACCAGCGCCUGCAGGACAACGACAGCGACCCCACGGCGCCGCCGUACGACUCGCUGGCCACCUACGCCUACGAGGGCAACGGCUCGGUGGCGGAGUCGCUCAGCUCGCUGGAGUCGGUGACCACCGAGGGCGACCAGGACUACAACUACCUGAGCGAGUGGGGGCCGCGCUUCAAGAAGCUGGCGGACAUGUACGGCGGCGACGACAGCGACUCCUAACAAGAACCCGGCGCACGGACGGAAGCGUGACGUGAAAUCUGGACUUUCAGGCGGUUUGGGCCUGUGGCGGCGCGGCCGGCGUGAAGGUCGGGUUCCCGCGCCCUCCAGCCGUCCCUCCGGUGACCAGACGUAGGCUUUGUGUGUCCAGUCAGUGUUAGUUGCGUUUUUGCAGGGACGCAGUGAAGACUUUUCCUUUCUUUUUUUUAUUGUUUCUGUGUGUGUGUAUACAGGGUCCAAAUGAGGCCCGAAUAUAUCAACAGAUUUUAUUUGGUUGUUUUUUUAUUUUUUUCCCGAAGCUGCCUGAGACUUCCGGACUCUACAAGCAGCUUGGUGACCAACGGAUAUGCCGACGUAUUUUUCAGUGUUUCUGGGACUAAAACAUGCUGCAUAUUGUGAAUUCUAUCUUAGCUUGUGUACGUACGGUAAUAUGACACAGUCCGCUGUACAGUUUCCUUUUCUAGGGAUUUUUAUCUCCCCCACUUCUUCAGUCUGAGUUUAAUUCACCUCAGAUCAAUACGGGAGGCAGGAGCUGCGUUUCCAUUCAUCGUAAAAAUUGCGCAAAUUGUGACUAUGAAAAUAAAUUUGCCACUUUCUAAAAAAAAAAAACAAAACUAAAAGGUUGCUCUGCAGAACUCCGACCACUAGAGGGCAGUGAAGUGCUUCUAGCGCAAUCGAUGGUUUGCGUGCAACACCAGGCAUUGAUGAAAUAAAUAGUCCAUCCCUGGCUUUGUGGUGGUUUAUUGUAAAUUUACAAGUCGUUAAAUGAUUGAGAUUGUUUUUAAAUAUUUUAACUAAUUUUUCUCAAAUAUUCUUCAUUAGCUGCGUUUUAAUGAAAUGUAAAAUUGUGCAAAUUGGAAUAAAAAAAAAAUAAAUUUGCUUAAUGGCUGAAAUGGUUUUUCAGCUGUAUCAAAAUUUAUGUAGUUCGCAAACUGCAAUAGAAACACUUUUUUCACAUUCAAUGAUUCAUGUGAUGAACAACCGGAUGUUGUCGAUGUUUCCCACCGGCGGAAACGGCAAAGAAGACAACAGGAAGUAGAUGGAGAUUAAUGGCGCCUCAUGGUUUUAAAUUGCGAAAUAAAUCAAACGAUUUUUGCGCAGAUUUGUAAUGGAAACGCAGCCUCUGUCUGCGACACACCAAGAUAAAAUUACAUGUAAACAGUUUUGAGGUUUUUGUUGCGAGGUGAUGGAUUAUUUCCUCCCAGUAGAGGAAUGUUUAAGAACUACCCACACAAAUUAUUUUAGUUUUAAUCUGAUCCAAUAAGGGAAAUACUGGUCUUGCUAAAACUUCUUGCUGACUUUACCAGAAAUGAAAAAAGUUCUGAAUCACUUCCCUUUUUAUCGAGGUAGGAAGUUUCGGUUAUACGCAUCUAAUUGACUGCUUGUGAAGGAACCGUAGAAAGAGUUACAGCGCUAUCAACCACUAUUUUCCGCCAUCUUGAUUUGUAAAAAUUAAAAUCCAGGCAUUUUCUAUCAUUUUAUCCUUCCACUAAACUUUCUGUUAACAUGUCAAUGUUUUGUGGCUGUUCUUUUGGAAAAUUUGAAUAUUACAAGUGGUGUAUGCAGGUUGAGCUUUUAAAAAUGGAUGAAUAGAUAGUUUUUCCCAGGAAUAAAGACUGAUUGGCCUCCAGAACGUCCGAAUCAAGUGCUGGUAUUGACAUUUUGUACUAAGAAGCAGCAGUUGUGCAACAGAAAUGUGCCAAAAAGCAAAGAGGACCAGUAUUUUCCUUCCUCGCGCCUCAUUACAUGCACUGUACCUCGCUGUGGAGCCAGAGCAAACGCGCGGCUUUACCCAGCUGAUUUCCUGCGGGACCUCCAGCCUCCUCCAUAAAGAUGCUUAUCGAAGGGGCACCUGACCUUUGAGCGGCGCAGAAUUAGGCUUUUAAACCCAGAAGAUUGUCCUCGGCUCGGAGAGAAGGUCAGCACAUCGACGAGGACACACGAGAGGUUCGCUUUAAAUGUGAUUUGGAAAACAAAGGCAAGCGAUCCUUAAGCUGCAGUAUUAACAGAAUUAGUGGAAGACCUUCUGAAGAUGAGUAAACAGCUCUGAGUUCAGCCCAGUGUCUGUUUCUGAGAGGGGAGAAACUACAACAUGCUCUGCCCUCGCUUGAACAAAAGGCCAACCUGUGAAGAGGCUGACAUUUGUAAGACAUUUGGAACAGAAAUAACACAAUGGCAUAAUUGCCAAAGAGCUACUUUCUUCUCUCUGUCUGUAAUGGUGACGGCUAUUAAACGUUCUGGCUGAUUAUAGAGGCUGUAAAACUGAGCGGUUACUAUAAAAUGUUGUUUUGUUUAUUAACUUCAGUUUUCAGACUGAAGCAGUGUUGCUAUGAUAAGCAUUUAAUCAUCAGCACAGGAAAAAGUCACAACAGAGGCAGUAUAACUGGAGCAGGAGGAUUCAUCAACCAUAAAUCUGGCUAAUUGCUAACCCUGAUAACCUAGCAACCAGUGGUGACCAAUCACAAGGUGACAACUUCCCACCCGAGUCAGAAUCUAAAAAGAAAUCAUCUAAAACAUGCAGCAAACUGAAAUAAAGCAGUAGCAUACACCAAGCCAGUGGCUAGCUAGACCAAUAAUGGUAUCAUACUUUCAUUUUUAGCACAAGUUUUAAAUCUGAUCACAAAAUUCUUUGAUAAAUGUAACAAUUUUCCAGGUCCAACUUUGAAAACCAGCUAGCUGUCCAGUUUCAUGCCGAGUGCUAAAAUUUUAUUUUAAAAGUCAUUCGAGCUGAUUUACCAAACUCUGAAUGAACCAAUGUAAACCAAUAAAGAUUGACAUUUCUUCAGCUAGAACAUGAGAAUUAUUGCUAACUAUGCUAGCUGUUAGCAUAGUUAGCAACACAAUAAUUCUCAUCCUCAGUAAAACGAUCCAGUUAGCUUACAUUCAGAAGAAGGCUGUUUGGUUCAUUCUCCUCCUAAAAUCUAAAUGUUUGUUUCAGUCCGAUUAUUCGACCAGCAUGUUUAGAAUAACAACCCACAGAGUUACACACAUCUUUGCUAGACUCAAGCUAACAAUGAGCAUCUGUACCACUGCUAAACCAAUGUUGCAGAUUGCAUUUCAUUUAUUAAUGCAAAUGAUUAGAUUCAAUACACAGAAGUUGACAGCAAAGAUUCUAACAUUUGGCUAGUAGCAUUUUGAAGCUAUCCAAAUUAGCUGCUUACAUUUCUCACACAUAAGCUACAUUAUGCUAAUUCCUGCUGCCUUGAGUUUAGUCUGGUAAAGAAAUAUAGAAAUAAAUAAAAAAAUAGAACUGAGUUACUACUACAGAGCUCCCAGUUAUUUUUAUAUUUAACAUAUAAAAGUAGAAAGGUACAUUCCCAUCCAAGGUUGGUAACCAUCCACUUCUUUGGCUACUAGCAUUUCAAAUAUUAGCUGCUUUGAAGAAGAAAAUGUUAUUGUAUGUGACCACAUCCCACUGUCUACAUGUUUUAUGAUAGUAGGUUGAUCAUUAGCAUGAGGGCACUAAUAAAUAAAUAUGCAAGCUAAUAAGCAGUAACACUUUCUUGCUGGAGAUUACAGUAAUAACAGUUAGCAUCAUUAGCAUUAAAAUUCAGCAUUUACUUUUAACCAACAUAUACCUGAUAAUUAUUAGCAUUACUAACACAUCAAAGUUGACAAAUAACAUUUUAAUAGUUCUAAACUAGCCAAUCCUCCACUUUGGUUACUAGCAUUUUGAUGCUAAUUAAGCUACACACUUACAUAUGACAAAACAUCUACAGCCUGCUACCUGUUCCUACUAUCUGGCUGUUGGACAAUCCAACAGGUUCAUCAUUAGCAGAGCAAGGCAGCUGAAUAUAGCGAAAACCUAACAUGACUCAAGAAUCACUGCAUUAGCUUUACAAUGCUAGUGCUACUAGCUUUAUUAAACUUCUGGAUGCUAAUGAUUAGCAUUGCAAAGCGGCUAAACUUAUAAACCUUGAUUUCAUUGUAAAGCAUCUAUGAGAUGGAUUAAAAAGUUCGCCUGAUAAGCCUGAUGACAUUUAAUUUGAUAAACUAGCUUCUGCUUUAGCAACUAGCAUUUGAAAGCUAUCUAUAUUAGCUAGUAACAGUCAUCGAAAAACUCUCGUUUUUUCUGGGUUACUUAUUGAACUUUUUGUCUAGGAUAGUAGGAGUGGUUGUCUUGUUAUUGUCACCACUGCCGGUUGCUAAAUUUUCAAGGUUAGUUAUUUAUCAGCUAGCUAGCUAGCUGGCAUCCAUUAAAAAUCUCAAAUGGAUGUAAACAGAAGUGUUUUAUUUUACCGUUUCCAUAUGGGGCAUAAUCAUGUCACCGUUAUUGGGUUUUUCUGUUCUUUCUCUUGGUGUGUGAGGCUAACGGUUGGAGACACUGAAGUCCAGAUGCAGUAGAUCUGUGGUUGUUGAUGUGCAGGCGCGGUGGGCCUCGCCUCUUCUAUGCUAUAACUCCGUCGGUGGCAAUGUGGUUGAGUUUUGUUUAUGUAGAAACAAUCCGAGAACUAGUGGUAGUCUGCGGAGGCCCGACGCGACCGGCCAUUCAUCACUCUGCUUUGUAAACCGUGAUAUUUUGUACUGAAUAUUUAUAUGACAUUAAAUAUGUUUAAAAUGA